CGUUAUUUACAUGCGAAUCUUUGCAAAUGUCCUGCAGAUUCAAGAUUCAUGAUAACACGAGUGUUUUCUCCGGAUACAAUUAGAUACUCUAAAUGUAGAUAUUGAAAAUCUCAACCAAACCAGCAGUUUUCAAUGAGUACUAAAACGGGACACCAAUAUCAUACGGUUUGUUUCUAAUUUCUUUUUCAGGCCAAAUAUGAUCAACGUCGUGCUCAACACAAACAAGCUAUUAUACCAUUGGUUCGAAGUCAACCAAAUUUUAAUUCAAUAAAUUUUGAUCAUAUUCGAAUGAAUCAUCCUGAUGCUGAAUUAACAGUUCGACAUCAUCCAAUAUUAAAUAUGAAUAGCCCGUAUUAUAAUGGUUUUAUUCCG